AUGCGCUUUGAGUUACGCGAUUGGCGUUGCAAGAGGGUAGUUUCCCCCCAGAAAACCGAAUCUUUGCCCCGGGACCAAGUUAUAGACCUCCAUCGGGACAUAUGCUUCAUCACCAGUGAUUCAUGGGAGUAUCUUCUGAGACCCUGGAAGCCGAUAUAUCUUCAAACCGAAGAUGCUCGAGGUCGAAGGCGAUUGAAGAAACCACUGAACAUUGGUGUCAAGUUUGACCCAUCGUGGGCCGAAGAAAUGCAAAAGGCCGUGGAGACUACCUACUUCGCCACUGUUCUCCGUGACCUCCCUCCCCCAAUGGCCUUUGCGGUCAGACUACUUUUCCAAGUUGCAACCGACGACCGUUAUUCUCUUAGCAAAUCGAAGGUUAUGUUGAUUGACGAUGUAUCUGAAUGGCAAUCAUUCGACACUGAAGGGCAUGGUGGAUGCAGGAUCUUCGAUUCCGGCCAGGAGUACGUGGAGAUGGGAUGUCUUCUGGGCUUUAGUACGCAUAUUCCACUUCCGGACAGUCCUAUGGACGACUUUAUUGAGGAUCUCAAUUACUUGUUCAUGGGCAGAUUACAAGAGGCUUGCCAGUCAAAUAGAAGGACUCACAUCCUCGAUACUGACUUUCUUCUACCAGUUCUGAGACGGGAGAAACAAGUUCCAAUGGUUCGUCGGUAG